AUGCAAGCACCAAGGCGUACGGAGCCUGCAUAUAAGUUGUGGUUCCAUUGUCCAAAUUUCAUUGGACUUCCAAAUCAGCAAUGGCCACAAGUUGCAGUUAGCCCAAAUGAAUUGCCAGAACAACGCAAGCAGCCAACGGCGUUAGUAGUAACGCCUAAUACAGACAUCAUCACCGAUCUUAAAUUUGUCAACAAUUACAACAAAGCUCUUCGAAUAUUUUGCUAUGUACAACGAUUCAUCGAUGCAAGUCGCGGUAAAAGUAAGCGUCACGACAAUAUCAACGUAGCAGAAAUGAACAACGCACUAUACACCAUUUGUCGCAUUAUUCAAAGCCAAACAUUUCCCGACGAACGAAAGCAACUUGAAGCCAGUAACAUAUUAUCGCGCAAGUCAUCGUUGGCACAAUUGUCACCUUUCCUUCAUGACGGUCUCAUUAGAGUCGGUGGCCGCCUCGUCAACUCAACCCUUCCAUUCGAGGAAAACAUCCUAUCUUGCUUCCAAAAACGCAUCCCUUCGUUUCAACAACCAUACUCCACCUUCAUCGACAGCACCUUCAUGCUGGAAAUCAGGCAUUACACAGCAUUGUACGAGAAAGAUUUUGGAUUGUUAACGCACGAAACACCAUCCGAACAGGUAAUGGUCUCCCUGCCAAAGGAUAGAGUAACUCAACCUUCUCCGUUCGAAGUAACCGGUGUGGAUUAUUGUGGUCCUCUGCUAAUGACGCAACAAAUUCGAGGAAAAUCACCUAUUAAGGUAUAUCUUGCGGUGUUCAUUUGCUUCAGCUCCAAGGCCGUCCAUCUCGAGUUGGUGCCCGAUCUCACAUCAGCAGCAUUUAUUGCCGCUUUGAAGCGUUUUAUCGCUCGUCGUGGAAGGUGUCGGGUUAUCUACUCGGAUAACGCAACGAAUUAUGUGGGCGCCAAUCGCGAGCUUCGAGAGCUUCUUCAACAAUUCAUGUCACAACAGCAUAACGAUGAAGUGCAACAGGCUUGCUGUGCAGAAGGCAUCGAGUGGAAGUGUAUACCACCCCGCUCUCCUCACUUCGGUGGCCUGUGGGAGAGCGCAGUGAAGCAACCCAAACAUUAUCUGCGCCGAGCCAUCGGGGCUCAUAUUCUAACGCAAGAUGAGUUGC